UCAAACGUAACACGUGGGUACGGGCAGCUGACAUGGCGGAUGAGGGAGAAACACGCGAUGAGAGAAUAAACACACAAACAGCAGAAGACGAAACACCACACAGUGAAACGAAUGAAGACACAGAAGAGACACACAAGAGCUUCCGAGAUCUGGGAGUCACUGAAGUUCUCUGUGAAGCUUGUGAUCAUCUGGGAUGGAAGAAACCAACUAAGAUCCAAGUGGAGGCUGUUCCUGUAGCUCUGGAGGGUCGUGAUGUCAUCGGUCUUGCAGAGACCGGUUCAGGGAAGACCGGAGCAUUUGCUCUUCCCAUCCUGCAGUCUUUGCUGACGUCUGCGCAGCGGCUGCACUCGCUCAUACUGACCCCCACACGAGAACUGGCCUUUCAGAUCUCUGAACAGUUUGAGGCUCUGGGCUCCAGCAUCGGAGUCAAGACGGCUGUUAUUGUCGGAGGGAUUGAUAUGAUGUCUCAGUCACUGGUUCUUGCUAAGAAACCUCAUGUUGUCAUUGCAACUCCAGGCCGCCUGUUAGAUCACCUGGAGAAUACAAAAGGCUUCAAUCUACGAGCACUGAAAUACCUGGUGAUGGAUGAAGCCGACCGCAUUCUCAACAUGGACUUUGAGUCUGAGGUGGAUAAGAUUCUAAAAGUGAUUCCUCGAGAGAGACGGACUUUCCUGUUUUCAGCAACCAUGACGAAAAAGGUUCAGAAGCUCCAGCGGGCGGCGCUACUAGAUCCUGUCAAAUGUGCCGUGUCCAGCAAAUACGCCACUGUAGAAAAACUGCAGCAGUAUUACAUCUUCAUACCAUCAAAGUACAAGGAUUGUUAUCUGGUUUCUAUUCUCAACGAACUGGCUGGAAAUUCCUUCAUGGUUUUCUGCAGCACAUGUAACAACACUCAACGGGUGGCACUAUUGCUCAGAAACCUCGGCAUCACAGCAAUCCCUCUGCAUGGACAGAUGUGUCAGAGUAAACGUCUUGGAGCUCUUAACAAAUUCAAGUCAAAGUCUCGCUCUGUGCUGCUGGCCACUGAUGUAGCGUCUCGUGGGCUAGACAUUCCACACGUGGAUUGCGUUAUCAACUUUGACAUCCCAACACACUCGAAGGACUACAUCCAUCGUGUGGGCCGCACGGCGAGAGCGGGAAGAUCUGGAAAAUCCAUCACAUUUGUCACACAGUAUGAUGUUGAGCUCUUCCAGCGAAUAGAAACCUUGAUUGGUAAAAAACUGCCCGUCUUCCCCACUCAGGAAGAGGAAGUUAUGAUGCUGAUGGAGCGAGUGAGCGAAGCGCAGAGAUUUGCACGGAUCGAGAUGAAAGAACACGGAGACAAGAGAAAAAGAGGUCAGUCCAGAGAUGAAGCGGCCGAUGAUGAAGAGCAGUCAACUGGAGUGAGGAAGAAGGUCAAGGGUGGAUCAUUUCGUGGAGGGAGGGGUCGGGGUGGCAAAUCCAAACGUGGCCGCUGACUGUCCAUAGCAUAUGUUGAAUAAAUCUUCUGCUUUUCCACAAAACAAUGUGUGGAUUCUUGUUGAUUGAGCGAUUGAGCGAAGCGCUGUAAAUGGACUCGCUGCGCCUAAUGCGGUUGUUAAUGUGACGUAAUCACCUCAGGUGUCAUGAUCGAGGGGGAGGAAAUUCCUGAACUGAUGGCUUUUUAUUUGCCUGGUUUUAUUUUUAAUAUAGCUAAUAUUUUUAUAUUUUGUUACACUUAUUGAUUACACGCGCCAUUCCAAAAAAAAAGAUUUCUGGAAAUCAUCUUGCGACCCCGCCCUCGUGGC